GCACGCAGUUUAAAGGGAACAUUGAUUAUGACCAUCAUAAUGAUAUUAACCAGAUUGGUCUAUCAUGUACAUGCCCUUAUGUCAGUCAUCAUUCAAAAAGAGGGUGUCUUGUCCUGCUCCUGAAAUCUGCUACUGCAUUCCUCCCAGUCAUCAGCAACAGAACAUUGGGUUGGUGAGAAGACAAAGAACAGACGGCCUGGCCAUUCUUUCACCUGACCGCUAGCCAGCCGGAGAGACGGGGAACAGGAUAGGGAAGCAGCGCGGAGCAGGCGCCGCGGAGCCACCGGAGAAGAUGGCAGGCAGCCCGGAGAAGAGUUCCACGGCACAGGAGCUGAAGGAACAGGGCAACCGACUGUUCCUCUGCCGCAAGUACCAGGAGGCUGCCACCUGCUACAGCAAAGCCAUCAACCGUAACCCGUUGGUGGCGGUGUACUACACCAACCGGGCUCUGUGCCACUUGAAGCUGCAGCAGCACGACAAAGCCCUGGCGGACUGCAAGCACGCGCUGGAGAUGGACCCCCAGUCGGUCAAGGCCCACUUCUUCCUGGGCCAGUGUCACCUGGAGCUGGAGAACUACGACGAGGCCAUCGGCAACUUGCAGAGAGCUUACAACCUGGCCAAGGAGCAACGGCUGAACUUUGGAGACGACAUCCCAAGUGCCCUGCGGCUCGCCAAAAAGAAGCGUUGGAACAGCAUCGAGGAGAAGCGCAUCAACCAGGAGAACGAGCUGCUUGCCUAUCUCACCAAACUCAUCCUGGCUGAGAAGGAGAGGGAAGUGGCGGAUUGCCGGGAAAACGAAGAGUCUGACAAUCCGAGUGGCAGCGUCGUCGUCAAGAUCAAAUCAACACAUGACAAGUUCCUUAUGGACAUGGAGGAGCUCUUUUCACAAGUGGACGAGAAGAGAAAAAAGCGGGAGAUCCCUGACUACCUGUGUGGAAAGAUCAGCUUUGAGUUGAUGAGGGAGCCCUGCAUCACCCCCAGUGGGAUCACCUACGACCGCAAGGACAUUGAGGAGCAUCUACAGCGAGUGGGCCAUUUCGACCCGGUCACCCGGAGUCCUCUGACUCACGACCAGCUGAUCCCCAACCUGGCCAUGAAGGAGGUCAUCGACGCCUUUAUCCAGGAGAACGGUUGGGUGGAGGACUAUUGAACCCCCAUAACCCGAACCCCCUAUGGCUCGUAGAUCCACACGCCCCAGAGCUGAGAUCCACACCAGAAGUGUCAAGGAAAAAAAGGAAGUGACAGAAUUCAGAAACUCCCUCCUGGACAUGCACUUUACACAUAGGGGGGUCACACUAUGGACUGCAAAAUGACAGCCAUAUCUCGAGGUGAUUCCUCUCUCUUUCUAAAUCGGUCUCCUCUCUCUCCUCCCCUUCUCUCUAAAUCUUUCUUUAUCGCUUCCCUUCCUCUGAUAGUCCUCUCUCCCUCAGAAUUGGGGGCCAUGUUUCUCAGGUCUCUCUGUCUCUCUCCCCCUCUAUCUGUCUGUGCCACAAUUCUCUCUGAACACAUCGCACUGCACGCUGGUCUCAAAACCCUCUAAUGUAAAGUUUCCAAUCUCUUCUCAAAUAUAACCAUUGGAACUAUCUACCUAAAUGAUGAAAAUAUUAGCCUUUUAUCUUACUCUUACUCCAGUAUUUUUGUUUAUUUCAAUUUAUUAUUUUUUUAAAACAUAAUGGGUUAGUUGUACUGUAAUGACUUAUUUCCCACAAUUCAGUGUUGGUGGUCUUGGUCAAUUUGAUGCCAAAUUGUUAUUUUACUUUUCAAACAAUCUAGUGUGGACUUUUUUUUUUAAUGCAAGAUAAUGGCAAAUGUGAGAAAUGUAUUAUAGAAAACUGACCAACUAAGUCGGUCUGCUUCAAGUCAUUGCCUGUGAUCUGGAGUUAUAACAAGGUCAUACAAACUAUAAUGUUCCAACUGAUGGUCAACGGUCCUCUAUUGCAUUAUAUCAGUCCCUCAUAGCGGCCAGUUAUACUAUGUUGAAUGUAUGCAUAUAGUGAGAGUGAAUAGAUUAAACCUAUUUUAUUUUACAACGAGUUGUAUGUAUUAUUACAGUAGUACCAAAUGGCAUUCUUGUCGUCAUCCAAGAAGGAGAUGAUAGACAAUUCAUCAGUUUAAAGUGCUGCAUAGAGACUCGACAAGGUCGUUUCUAUUUCCUCUCUAAUGGUUCAUAUGCCUCCACUUUUAUCGUCUUUACUUUCUCUUUGGGUUUGAUGUUCUUGAAACCUGUUUCGAAGGACUGUGCUGUAAUUGCUGUUAUUAGAGACAAAACAAUAGGUGCGUGCGCUUGGACAAUGUUUGGCUGAAGGCUAGUAGUGCAACCGCCGGUACAGUAUGCAUUUGACAUGACAAUGGACUCCCUACAUUGUUAAGCAUGAGGUCUGCUCAGGUUUGUUAUAAGCAUUCAGGUCUGCUUGGCCAAUAAUUGUUUUCCUACUCCAUUGCAGGGAAAAGCCCCGUCAUACAUGCCUACUUUACUAUAACCACACAGUAGCAGUAGGUGUUCGCAACAACUUUAAAAAUGUAAGUAAGACAACUGACUAUUGGUCAAAGCAGUCAUGUUCCCAAUACUUUGAGUCUCCUAUACCUUCUCAUUUCAGUGUCUUUCCCUAUUUUGAUCGAACCUAUGUCCGUCCCCCUUCCAGCAUUUCUAACCAAUCACAGCAAUCAGUGUUGCAGUACCUUGACUAGGAGCUUGGAAUUCUCAGCUGUUGACAAGAGUCGUCUUAGAUAUUUCUCAGUUUUUCCUCAAUUAGUUUCCGUAAGCCCCCUUUCUCAACUGAAUGCAUGUGAUUUUAGUGAACUGCAGGUUUUGUGUUGGUGAGGGGUUGGCUUUUUGAGGAUUUCUGAAGAGCUUGAGAAUAAACAACUGUAUUAAAUGUAGAUAUGUUAAUUAUA